AUGCGUGGAUCCAACCGAGCUACGAUUACCAUGAUGCCGAUUGGUGUACCGAAAGUUGCCUAUCGAGUUCCGGGAAGCCAAUCGGCCGAUUGGGUCGAUAUCUACAAUCGCUUGUACCGCGAGCGCAUUAUCUUUCUGGGAGCCGAGAUUGACGACGAGCUCGCGAAUCAAGUCAUUGGCGUCAUGCUUUAUUUGGAUUCUGAAGACUCUUCCAAGCCAAUUUAUUUGUACAUUAACAGUCCUGGUGGCUCCGUUAUCUCCGGAUUAGCUAUUUUCGACGCCAUGCAGCACAUCAAGUCGGAAGUGAUUACGAUCAACUUGGGAUUGGCUGCUAGUAUGGGCUCCUUCAUUCUGGGGGCCGGUAGCAAGGGCAAGCGCUUAGCACUGCCUUCUUCUCGCACCAUGAUCCAUCAGCCCAUGGGCGGUGCCCAGGGACAAGCAGAAGACAUCAAGGUUGAGGCGGCGCAGAUCAUGCGCAUUCGCGACAACCUCGUCAAAUCGUACUCAAUGAUGACCGGACAAACGCAAGAUCGUAUUAUUCAAGAUUUGGACCGAGACAACUUUAUGAGUGCACAAGAAGCCAUGGAAUACGGUUUGGUGGAUCGCGUUUUGGAUUAUAACAAGAAUACGGACUCACAGUUGUAA